AUGGUCUGGUCGCGUGCUGUCCGCCAGCUUCUGGCUUGUCUGGCCGUCCUGCCCGCCAUUGCAGGCGCGGCUCCGGUCGAGGAACGAUGCGAGUGCGAGAAAAUGGCCCCCAAGGUGUUCAUCAUCUCGAUGUUCGCACCCGAAGGUGAAGCGUGGUGGGGAAUCCCUGAAUUCAACCUCCUCGCACACAACAUCACCGUGCCCGGCCUGUCUCCCUUGUUCCCGCAUGUGCACUGCACCGAGGACCAUGAGGUCUGUCAAUUGAUCACCGGCGAGUCCGAGAUCAAUGCCGCCACGACCAUGACCUCGCUCGCCUUCUCCGACAAGUUCGAUCUGACCAACACCUACUUCUUCAUUGGCGGCAUUGCAGGCAUCAACCCCGAAGUCGCCACCACGGGCUCUGUCGCAUUCGCGCGGUUUGCCGUACAGGUCGCGUUGCAGUACGAGAUCGAUGCGCGCGAAAUGCCGAGCAAUUGGUCGACUGGCUACUUCGCGCAGGGCACGUACGCGCCCGGCGAGUAUCCCGAGAGCAUUUACGGCACGGAGGUGUUCGAAGUAAACGAUAACCUGCGGUCUCUGGCAGUGGCAUUUGCGCAACAGGCUGAAUUGGCGGAUUCCGCCCAGGCGCAGACCUACCGCGCCAAUUAUCUGAAGGGAUACGGUGCCUCCGUUUACCAGGCGGCUGCUGCUGCGCCCUCGGUCGUCGAAUGCGAUGUAGCCACCUCCGAUGUCUACUACAGUGGUGAUUUGCUCGGCCAGGCCUUUGACAACACCACCAAGCUCUUCACCAACGGCACGGGCACGUACUGCACCACCGCGCAGGAAGACAAUGCUUCCCUCGAGGCCCUGCUCAGAGCCGCUCUGCACAAGCGUGUCGACUUUUCCCGCAUCAUCGUGAUGCGCACUGCUUCCGACUUCGAUCGGCCGUAUCCCGGCGAGUCGGCUGCUUAUCACUUGCUCUACGCCGACCAGGACGGCUUUGAAAUCGCCGUCGAGAACAUCUACCGCGCGGGCGUCAAGGUCGUGCAGGGGAUCCUGGGCCAGUGGGAACAGACGUUCGCAUUGGGCGUCAGGCCCGAUAACUAUAUCGGAGACAUCUUUGGCACGCUGGGAGGAAACCCGAACUUUGGGCCUGGCCGUGGUAUGGCGCUGGAUGAGGCGGGCGCUCUGAUGACGAAGCGGUCACAGACGGCCAUGAAGCGGCGGCCGAUCGGGAAGGUGCUGAGGAAGUAG